AUGGUUCAGAAAAUGAAUGUUCCGGCAUUGCUGUUGGUCGCAUACUUUGGUCUUGUGUCCUCCCAAUUUCCUUCGCAAUCAAUAUUUACCGGAAACAGUACUAAUAAUGGAACCAAUAAUCAACAGACCGUUGUUACUCAAGGAGGUGGUGGUGGUAGAUAUCCCAUGCUUCCUCAGUUUCCGGUUCAUCAUCCGCAAGUUAUCCAUUUUAUAGGAGCAGGGUACGAUUUAUUAAAGGGCAACCCAGACGGCGAGUCAUGGACAAGUUUAGGAGAUGACCCAGGACUUAAAUUAACUCAAAAAAUUCUGACAGUGAGCCCUGGAAAUAAUCCAGUACAGAUAGAAAUAGAACACAGAGAUUCGUGCCAAUCUUCUCAUUCCUACAACCUUAUAUAUAAUCCAAAGCAAUAUCAAAAUAGAUUGUUCGGAGCAAUCACUACUUCUGGUCCUACGGAUGCUGCACUGAAACCAUAUGCUUUUACUUUAAGUACAGGAUAUAACACAGCUUCACACCAACUAACACAACCAUUGAACUAUAUGUACCAGGACUAUACAACAAUGUGCGACAUGGGUCACGCGCGUUUGCGUUCUCAUCUUGCCCAAUCCGAUCAUCUGUCAGUCACUCGUGAGUUUGCAGCUUCUGUAUGUUCACUGCCUGAAAAAUAUCAGUUACCAAAUUACUUAAGGUUCAUUGAAGAAUGGGGAACGCACAUGAUAACAGAAGUAGAAGUAGGAAAGAAGAUUACAUAUAGAUAUCUGACAACCCUGGACAAAUACUUUAGUUACCUUCUGGCAAAUGUGUCGCAAGAUGUUUUACGAAGUACAAAUGGAACCCUCGACGUGUUAACUGUAAACUUAAAUAUGUUCAAAUAUAGACCAGAAUAUAGAUAUUUAAUUGGUCAAUACCACGACGCUUUUGGUGUGGGUAAUCCAAUGUAUAAUGACGAGGUUGAGAUGAGUAUGGUUACAAUUGACAGCAUGUUAGAUUCUAAAUACUGGUUUUACAUGUCAUACUACAUUUCACAAGGUGUUUGUGGAAAUGAUGCUAUGUCUUUGUUGCCAAAAUGGCAGGCAAAUAUGGUCACAGCUUUAAAAUUUUAUCCUUACCGUAAAAGUGCAAAACUGCCUCCUGAUGGCAGGUUAGAGAUACCACUUCUUUGGCCAAAAGGAACUUACUCACUUCAAAAACCAACCUCAGGGUGUCCUGGACUUUUCAAAUGGUCAGAAGGCCGAAUCAUGGUAAAUAUGACGGGUGCACAGAUGUCAGCAAUGAGCUCGUUUGAAGGCGACGUUGAACAAACCUCCUUUACGCUGAAUUACUGUGCCAAGGAACGAACUGAAUCACAAGAUGAGUUAAUAUGGAGUAAGGGAGACUAUUGUUUAUUUCAGCAAGAUUCUGAUUGUCCUACUGGGUUUACUUCAUCUUCCAUCAGAUAUCAGGACAGAGUUCAUCCUGCAACCGUUGGUGUUACUCCACAUGUAGAAUAUAAAACUGGUCCUCAAUUCAAGUAUUGCUGCAGAUCGGAUGGUUCAUAUUUAAAUCCAAUAUACUUGCCAACAGCCAAGCCAUUCUAUCUAUUGAAAUAUACACAUGGUUGUCAACGUGUAGAUGGUAUGGAGUUUAAGGAACAGCAAUUUCUUUACCCAACAAAGCAACAUAUUUUCGUCCAUAACUCGCCAUCACAUACUACCAUCAGUGGAACAGGAGUGAACUUAGAUUAUUGUUACUACACGGCCCUCAAAGUAGGCGGGGGUAUAGGUAUAGGUGUUGGAAAAUAAAAUAAAA